GUGAAGAAAUUCCAUCCAGCUCAGAUACUUCAUCUGAUGAAAAACAGCAAGGCUUCUAUGGUGUUGGAACUGAUACAUCAAAAUCAUCACAUCGUAUUGAUGUUGGUAAAGACCGGCCUGGAGGUGACAUGAAUGAUGGUAAUUCAAAUUUGGUAGAUAGUGCGGAAGAAUGCUAUUGUGCAUGUAUUCAGACCAAUGGUUGCCAGGCUUGGUCAUUUCGUACUGACAGUAAUGGUUGUUGGUUAAAGAACUCUGUACCAGAUCAAACAACGUUAGAUACUGCUAUAUCUGGAGUCAUUUCAGGUGGAGAAAUUCCAUCCAGCUCAGAUACUUCAUCUGAUGAAACACAACAUGGCUUCUAUGGUAUUGGAACUGGUAAUAACUUAUGGAGUCGUAAGGAUAUCAGUGCUUCAUGGGAGGGACCAAUAGCAGAUAGUUGCUGUAUAACAUCCAUGACAACUUUUCCUGAUGGUACAAUUGUUGGUAUUGGAACAGAUCAGCAACUCUGGACUAGACCUGGUAAAGAUGGUAAAUGGAGUGGACCCAUUGCAAACAGCUGUUGUGUAACUGAUAUUACAUACCUAAAUGAUGGUUCGCUACUUGGGAUUGGCACUGGAAAUAAUUUAUGGACUCGACCUGGUAUUGAUGGUAAAUGGUCUGGACCAGUUGCAAAUAGCUGCUGUGUUAAAUCCAUCUCUCAGUUGCCGUCAGGUGACAUUCUUGGAGUUGGUAUGAAUGGGAAACUAUGGACACGACCAGGCGUUGAAGGCAGCUGGACAAAGGUGGAUAACUCUGGUAAUGUUUCUGGUAUAACAGUGACAAGUGAAGGAAAUGUAAUUGGCAUUGGUUCGACGUGUGGUAUGUGGGAGAGAAAAGAAUUCGACAGUGGUUGUUGGGGAAAUGAAAUCGCUAACAGCAGAUGCGUAAAAUCAGUGUCAGUUGUUCGCACUGCUUAUAGCACAGUGCGGGCUGAAAAAUAAAUGACGACUGAGAUUAUAAAGUGAAGACGUUAUUGGUUGUAUUAUUAUGGCGUACUGGAUGUACUGCAUGCGGAUUUGGCAUUAACGGCGUUUCCUCGAAAUAUAAAUUCUUUACCUCGGACUUUUUUGUCAUAUGCCUUGGCCUCGAAGUGAACAGCUCAACGGAUGUUUUGAAUGUUACAGCAACGCAAGCCGAGAACCUGGGAGCAAUGGGUGCAUUUUUUAAAGAAAUUAUAUUCUAGACAAAUUGGUUCAAAUGAAUGUAAAAAUACCCAAUUUACCAUUUUACUAACUUGAUGAAAUGUGCUGACGGAAGCUUCCAAGCGAGCAUGCUGCAUAUUUGAAGACGGCAAUUUAUAAUCCUAAACGCAUAACGUGUCCGACCAAAAUA